AUGUCUUCUUUUCCUGCCACUCAGAUUGUUUAUCGUAUUAACGAAUUCAAGGGUCGGCAAGGUCUCAAGCGAUUUGAAGAACCAUUGCCUAAGUUAGACAAAACUGAAGUACUUGUUAAGAUCAAAGCUGUUUCUCUCAACUUUCGAGACUUGUUAAUUCUCAAUGAUAAUUACGGCUUUGGAGCCAAUGACCUUGUCAUUCCUUGCUCUGAUGGCGCUGGUGAGAUCGUAGCUGUAGGCGAAAAUGUAAGCGAUCUUCAAAUCGGUGAUCGUGUCACAUCCAACUUUGGCAUCAAGCAUUUAUAUGGCAUCCUUAAAUUGACUGACGGUUGCUUGGGUGCUAAUGUUGAUGGCGUUCUUUGUCAAUACAGAGCAUUUCCUCAAGAAAGCGUUAACAAGUUACCACAAGAUUCUCAUUUAACUGACGAAGAAGCUGCUUCUUUGGUCUGCACUGGUGCAACUGCUUGGAACUCGCUUUAUGGAUCUAACAACCCUUUUAUUGCUGGUCAAUCUGUUUUGAUGUUAGGUACAGGUGGUCUUUCCAUUACUACUUUGAUUUUGGCUAAGGCCGCUGGUGCUGUCACGAUUAUCACUUCUAGCUCUGAUGAAAAACUCAAGUACGUUAAGGAAACAUAUGGAGUUGAUUAUACCAUUAAUUACAAGACUUAUCCUGACUGGGAAAAGGAAGUAUUAAAAAUCACUCAGGGAGAAGGGGUUGACUUUAUUCUUGAAACAGGCGGCAACGGUACUAUUGUCAAAUCUUUGACAGCUGCAAAGGCUGGCGGUCAAGUAAACAUCAUUGGUAUGUUCACUCAGCCCGAAACAACCCCCGACCUUUUGCCUCUUAUUCUGAGCAAGGCUCUUAAUGUCAGAGGUAUUAUGGUCGGUUCCAAACAACAAUUUGGGGAAUUAGUCCGAUUUGUUCAUAGCAAGAAGCUUCGUAUGCCUGUAGAAAAGGUCUUUGGUUUCUCUGAAGAAGAAGUGCAAGCCGCCUUUAGUAAACUUGAAUCUCAAACACAUAUUGGAAAGACUGUCAUUCGAGUUGAUUGA